UUUUUUUUUUUUUCUUCUCCCUCCUGUCUCUUUUGUUGUGUCGGCACAGAUAAACAUCUGAUGAACGUGGGCAAGGACCACCACCACCUCACUGCAAGCCUCUCAUUCCCAACCCGCUUGCUAGAGCUGAAUCCCAGUGUGGAGCUGGCUGUGCGGCAGGCUAACGGCGGGCUAGCGGGGGGUUGCAAGGCUCUGUGGCAGCGAGAAGAGGAGGGGAAAAAAAGGAGGAGGGGCUGUGGUGAGCUGGUGGGCUUCCUCUGCCUCACAGACACAUUUUAUUGACUUGCUAAUUGGAUGAGGCACUCGGAGGAGAGGAUGCGGUGACCGAGAGGAGCUGUUCUCCAGAGCAGGAAUAUAGGCAGAAGGAAGCAUUGCUUGGGUUGCGUAAAUCCGGCUACUUUAUCUCUUUUAUUUUAAUUAUCUGGAGACAUAACAGAUGUUUUUCAGCAUCUCCCAGUGACCCUCACACCGUGCAUACAUAAUUUUAUGCAUGACAUUGUCGAAUUGAGGCUCCAGCUGCCAGACGCUUCGUGACAAGUGAAUGAUUUCCAUUUUGAUGUCUUUUCACCCUGCUCCCUCUCACCUGUUUUUCUCUCGGACUCAUCAGCUGGAGCUCUUUUUUUGUCAGCCUUGUUUGAUGUGCCAUUUGAUAUGAACGGCAAUCUGAUGGCAAGAUAAAAUUCCUCAUCAGAUGAAAUGUACAAGGAGCCGUGCAAUGGCUUUUCUUCAGGAAAAAUGAAGAUCUUCUUUCUCCUCUGCUUCAGUCUUGUCCCUGUUGCCAUAACUGAGAUGUGCAAGUCUGGCUAGGUCAGAGAGCAGGUGCCACUGUGCUGAGGUCUGCUGUCCCAAUGAGCAAAGCAGGCAACCCACAGAAACGCACCACCUACCUCAUUUCCCUCACUCUGGUGAAGGUUGAGGCUGUGCCAGAGGAUGUAGCAGGGAACCAGAAGGAGGCUCUUCCAGAGGGGGAAGGGAGCCCUAAGAAGGAUGAGGAGAAGGAGGAGGUGAGCAAUGUCCCCGAUAAGGAGGGAGGACUUGUAUGUGUGGAAGUGGUGGGAAAAGAAAACACACAGGUGGAAUAUGAAGUGGAACAGGUGCAGGUCAAGUAUGGCAGCCCCACAGAGAGCAGAGGGAAGCCUGAGAGGAGGGAAACUCACGGACACCAAAAAGACAUCGCAGCAACUGGUAAAAGCAAAGACACUUCUUUCGUGCAUCCACCCCUUAGGCAAAUGGUCAAAGUGUAUGCAGGAACGUCCUCUGAGGGAACUGUGCGCAGAGAGGGACCUCGCUCAGAUGCCAUGCGCCCUAAGACGGAGCUCUACAGGGAGCCCCCCAUGCUGUUCCUAAAGGGUGAAAAUGGAGCAGACCUUAACAGUCGCUCACGUUGCAGCCUCCCUUUCUCCGUCCCGCCGCAAGUCAGCCAGCGUCCUGAAGUCCUGAUGAGGUCACAUGCAGGAGGCAACUCUGCAUGCUGGAGGGAACUCAGAGAGGCCAAUACCAGCCUGUAUCACUCUGCUAAGACUUUGGACCGAAGGGAUAACCGUAUGGGGGACCAGUCUCCCUUAAUGGCAGCUACAACUCUUGGGCCUUACAGGGCGUCCUGGGCCGACAGCGACGGAAGGGGCACGCUCAUUCGCCCCGGAGCUCCCAUAAGCGGAGGAUUUUCAGGCCUAAUGACCCGGGACAGUCCUCAGGGGGAGAGGUUUAAGACAGUUACUGUUUCCCUGCCUGCACCUCCUGCCACAGAUGUGUCCAGGCCUCAGAGAAAAGGUACAAGUCGUACCCUGGACAACAGUGACCUACAUUCCCUCUCUGAGGACCUGAAGAAGGGGAAGGAGGGCCAGGCAGGAACAAUCCAGCGAGCUCCUCCUCGUGACCGCAAGAUGCUUAAGUUCAUCAGUGGGAUUUUCACCAAAAGUACAGCUGUUCCACCCAGUGUCAACACUACACCGCCCCUCUAUCCAGCUGUGGAGAGGGGCUCGAGUGAGGAGGAAGCUGCAUGCACCAGCAGUCAAGAAUGGACCAUGAACCAACCUGUGCAAGAGCUUCACCUGGGUGUUUUGGGAGGUCUGUGCAGUGGGAAGUCUGCUCUGGUCCACAGACACCUGACAGGAAGUUACCUGCCACUGGAAAACGCUGAGGGACGCCAGUAUAUUAAGGAUGUCCUAGUGGAUGGACAGAGCCACCUGUUGAUAAUCAGAGAAGAAACUGAACUCCCUGGUUCUCAGUUUGCAAGUUGGGUGGAUGCAGUUAUCUUGGUGUUCAGUCUGGAAAAUGAGUCGAGCUUCCAGGAAGUUUACAAAAUCUACCACCAGCUUGCCAUCUACCGACCUGUCACUGAGAUACCUUUUGUAGUAGUUGGCACUCAGGAUAAGAUCAGCAGCACCAACCCCAGAGUAAUAGAUGAUGCCAGGGCCAGACAGCUGUGCUCAGAUGUGCGGCGCUGCACUUACUAUGAAACCUGUGCAACAUACGGCCUCAACGUGAACAGAGUCUUCACUGAUGCUGCUCAGAAGAUCAUGGCAGCCAAGAAGCAAGCUGCUCUACUGGCUUCCUGUAAAUCUCUCCCAAACUCUCCCAGUCACUCUGGAGGAUCCACCCCAGUGUCAGGUGUCUUUCCAGGACAGGCCAGUAACGGUGGUCAGAGCAGUGAUUACUCCUCAUCACUUCCCUCCACCCCUGUGAUCAGUCAUAAGGAGAUCGGCAGGACAGCCAGAGGGGAGAAACAAGACAGUGCCACGCCUGGGUCAGUGCGAAGCGCCACCCGAAGACGCACCUCUCGAUUUGCGGGCCGGAGAGGCAGUGAUUCAAACAGAAGAAGUGCAGACUAUAAAGGAGAUCUGGGCAGUGGGCGCUCCAUUCCCAUCAAACAGGGCUUCCUGCUGAAGCGCAGUGGAAGCUCACUCAACAAAGAGUGGAAGAAGAAGUAUGUCACACUGUCCAACGAUGGCAUACUGUCCUAUCACUCCAGUGUCAAUGACUACAUGCUGAACACCCCGGGGAAAGAGAUGGACCUGCUGCGAGUGACGGUGAAGGUGCCGGGAAAGCGACCGCCCCGUGCUGUACCUGCCGGCGGCCCUCCAGUCGGGCUCAAUGGGCGGGUCAAAGACCCUGAGGGUCUCAGCCCAGUCCCUGUAAGUGCCAGUAGUCUCCUGCAAGUGGAGGAAAUGGAAGGCCUGGGCGGUGCACUCUUCCUGAGGAGUAACAGAGGGGUGCAGCGAUGUCCUUCCACAUUAUCUAACCAUGCUCAAAGUGUUGACUCUGCAGUUGAGGGAGUCUCCAGCUCCUCCUCCACCAAAGAUGUUGGCUCUGCCUCCCCAGUGACUGACAGGAAGAAGCAUCGCAGGAAGAAGAGCAUGAACCAGAAAGGAGAUGCAACCACUGGCCAAGCAGAUGCCAAGCGCAAAAUGUGGAAACUGAAAAGCUUUGGUAGCUUAAGAAACGUAAGCAAGACAGAUGAGGAUAACUUUGACUUCCUCAUCGUGUCGAGCACUGGCCAGACAUGGCACUUUGAAGCCCAGAGUGUGGAGGAGAGGGAUUCCUGGGUCCAAGCCAUCGAGAGCCAGAUCCUGGCCAGUCUGCAGCUGUGUGAGAGCAGCAAAAACAAGGCUCGCAAGAACAGCCAGAGUGAAGCUGUGGCUCUGCAGGCGAUCCGCAACGCAAAGGGCAACAACUUCUGUGUUGAUUGUGAUGCACCAAAUCCGACCUGGGCCAGUCUGAACCUGGGCGCUCUAAUAUGCAUCGAGUGUUCAGGAAUCCACAGGAACUUGGGAACCCAUCUGACGCGUGUUCGCUCCCUGGACCUUGACGAUCUGCCACGAGAGAUGACUCUGGUUCUCCGUGCCAUCGGCAACCACAUGGUCAACAGUAUAUGGGAGGCGCGCACACUGGGGCGGCGUAAACCAGCACCAGAUGCUACACGGGAAGAGCGGGAGUCUUGGAUCAGAGCCAAAUAUGAGCAGAAACUGUUUGUGGCGCCGUUGCCUCCUCCCACUCCCAGUGAGGGCCCAGACAUCACACUAUCUGGCCGUCUUCUGUUGGCAGUGAUGGAGCACAACCUCCCCAGGCUGCUGCUCCUUUUGGCCCACUGCACUAAGGAGGACAUUAAUGCACCUCUCAGCCUGGCCCUCUCCUCCAGGUCGCUCUUAGCGCUGCGACUGCCCGGCUCUGCCCUGCACGCUGCCUGUCAGCAGGCUGAUGUGGUGAUGACGCAGCUUCUUGUUUGGUAUGGCUGUGAUGUUCGGUGUCGGGACGCUCAGGGGCAGACAGCGUUGGCUCUGGCUCGCUGUUCUGGCAGCCAGGAGUGCGUCGACAUCUUGCUCCAGUACGGAUGCCUAAAUGAACCGUCCCCCUCCGUCGCCACGACAGUCGGUUUCGCUGCAUCCUCUACAUCCAGCUUCCCUGUUGCUAUGACGCCUAGCCUGACGGUUGCCACGACACUCAAGAUCUCGCACAAGAGCGGUGGCACCAGCUUGAGCUACAGCACUUCCAGAAGAGCAGUGUCAUAAUGGAAAUAUGGUGUGGUAUAAAGUGUGUGAGUGUGUGUGAGUGUGUGUAAGAGUGUGUAAGAGUGUGUGUGUGUGUGUGUGUGUGUGUGUGUGUGUGUGUGUGUGUGUGUGUGUCUGUGUGUGUGUGUGUGUGUGUGUGCGCGCGUGCAUGUUUGUGUGGGAUGAAAACACUCAUUGUUAAUCACACAGGCACAUUCAGUCUGCUACAAUGAUUUAACCAAAACAAAAAGAGAAAUUUUCCUGACUACACAUGACAUGGCGUUCAGAUUUAAUAGGAAUGUAUUGCACUGUAUACCAGCUGGUUUGAUUCACAUUUCCUCAUGCAGUCAGUAUUCAACUUUAUUCUCCACUCUACUGAGGAUGGAAAUCUGCCUUUGGCCUCAAACAGCUUAAGUGAGCAUCUAGAGCCCAGAAAUAAGGAACUGCAAUAAGUUUACUCUUUGAAAGAUGGACGUCUCUAUUUUCAAGUCUGUCUUGCUUGAAAUCCCGGUGUCAAACACAUCCAUACUUCUUCUUCUACUUUAUUGACCACGAAUGUUUUAAAUUCAGAGUGCGUAUACUGUGUUACGUUCAACACAGCUGGUCGUUCAGUGCAUAAAUAAUGUUGUGUAAGUUGAUUAAAAAAAACAAAACAAAAAAAAACUUUACAAUGGUUGGAAAAGAAAGGUUGUUUUAAAGAUAAUCAAAAUAACUGUAUAGAGAUACAUUGAUAAAAAUACUAUAAUAUUCUAAAGAUUUAAAAGUGCUUCAUUUUCCAGAUUGUUAUUGUAUGAUUUGUACAGUUGGUUCUGUGUAUAAAACUCAAAGGGUUAUUCAUAGCUGCUCAGAGAUUUACUGCACAGCCUCUUGGUUUGGUUUUCCUUUGACUACCACCUGAUUAACUCUUUGACGUCCACGACUGAGAUUUCUAUGUUAUGUUUACAUCACUGUGUGUGACAUAAACACUGCACAUGAUGUGUGCGUCAUGGCAGCAGGUCAUUACCGUGGCGAGUGUAAUACUAGACGUGUACACGAAGAAGUGAAAUGCCUCCAUUUUGACUGAAUGUAUAUGAAAACAGAUGGUUUGAGUUCAUUAUUUCAAACACUAACAUGUGUUUUCCAGAUGUUACUGUUUUAUUUUUUAAUUGACUAAUAUUCCUGCUGUGACUAAUAGACAUUGAAAGUAAUAGGUUUAAUAGAUCAAAUGUUGUGAUCUACAAAACUGGGCCUUUGAAUGACUAUGAUUAUAUUUACAAGUGGCUGAAAACCAACGUGAACUAGAAGAAUGUUGCCCAAAGUAAUAUUUAAAAAGAAGGCAUAAAAAACAACCCUCCUGCAGUACUGUGUGUAUUUUGUGUUGAUCUGAAGACGCUGAGUGUACUUGUCUGUGAUGUAAGCAUCUCUCUCCAUUUGUAUUUUUUUACUCAUGCAAUGGUUCAUAGAGCAUUCAUUACCAAUACACUAAGGCUACUGCCCAAGCUGUG